UAAAACGGCAGUAGUAGGCAACUGGUGAAUGUGCGUGUUGAAUAGUAGGACCCUGGUCUGGCCAUCUAUGGGGGACUAGUCGACAACUAGCUAGGUGCUUGGCGACUCCAAGCAGUUGCGCUCUGCCGCUGGCGCGCAUCAGUACCCUUUUGCCUCUCCGCCCCCUUUUCAACCCGAAAGAGGGGUUAUAGCCCUAAAUCAACUUUUCAUAAGUUUUCAACUUUCAAGACACUUGGAUCCUCGAACGAGCGUGGACGAUACAAUAUUCCAACUAUUCCAAAUACUUAUGUCGAUUCCAACACUGGAUUAUGUGGCGGAGAAAGCUGUAACCUAGUUUAGUUACCUGCUCUAGUUCUUGAACAGCUGCGAGAGACCCAAACAUCUGGACGACGUGUCAUGGAAUGCACCCGCGAGACAGCAGCUGUCGCGGGGUGCGCUUUGUCCGCGGUGUCUUGAUGAACAAGACAAUACAUAACAGAACGUCUUAUAAUCAACAACUUAUACAGAGGUUAGGUUGUGGGUGUUUGAAUGAACGUGGAACAAGUAAGGCUUUACCUUGACGAUACUGAAAAACAUUGGUUUGGUCAGGUUAAAUGAAUUCCGGACAGAUGAGUCCAGAGGAACUGAGUUCUCUGCCGCCGAGGCCACCUGGACACGCGACCGGACUUUUACCUGCCAGUUCGCCCAAGAGACGCUUUGUUAAACUUCGAAGAAAAACGAGUGAAAAUGGAUCACUACAGUCAGGCUCAUCUGGUUCCUCCACAAGGUCGCACGAGAGCGUGGCAGUGGCCGUCAGACAGCCAAGCCGGAGUCGCAUCCGUCGCCAUACCAACCGCCUGUCUGGUGUCUUCCAGCGUGGCUCCGCCCCUAACUCCGCCCCCAUGUCGCUGACUGGAGACGGCAGGUCCUCUCUUCCUGGCUAUGCCAGAAAGGACAGCUUAACCCCUGUGGACCUGUCUGUCACUGAGGACCCCUCCGAGCUGUCCAAUCAGAUCACGGCUCCGGGCAUCCUCAAGAUCUUUGGCAGUGAGAUCUGUGAAGGAGCCCACUACAAGAGUGUCCUUGCCACCACACACUCCAGCGCCAAAGAGCUGGUCAAAGAGGCCCUGGAGAGGUACGGACUAAGCAAGCAGGAGGCGGAGUCUUAUGUUCUCUGCGACGCCAUUGGCCACGUGGGUGAACACCAGUGGAGGAUGGAAUGCUUCCGGGUGGUUGGCGACAACGAGAAACCCCUCCUCCUGCAGUCGCUAUGGAAACCCCGAGAGGGUUUGGCGCGGCGUUUCGAGAUCCAGCGGAGGAGCACCGUGGAGGAGAAGAGGGCCAGGGAGAAAGACACUGUCACCGCUGGCAUCAACGCCCAGGCCCGCAAGCUCCAGAAGAGCCGCUCGCGGGUCACCUCUACCCUGAUGGAGAGGGCCCUCGGCCGGGGCCACAGUCUGUGGAGGAGCCUGAGCGAGCUGGACCUCAGUGACCAGACCCCUGCCUCGGCACCGCAGAGCCACACUCAGGGCCACGGCCCAGAGAAGGAGCUGGAGGAGAACCACCAAGAGGGGCAGGUUUGGAACCAGGAUGAGAACCUCGGGAAGAACCCUCAGGAGGAGAGUGUCCCGGAGCCCUGUCGGAAGGAAGGGAUGGAGAGAGCCCCGGCAGAGGUGGAGAAGAGAGGGGCGAGGGAGGGAGAGGGGUGGGAGAGGGAGGAGACGGAGAGCAGUGACGAUAGUGUCACACAGUACUUUAUUCACCCUCCUCACGACUGUCCCUACCUCCUCCUGCUGCGAGGGUACAGCCUCACACAGGACUUUGUCAUCUACUUGCUUGGCGGGUCGAGCACCGUGAUUGGCCGACACCGUGGGGAUGGCGAGGUGUCAAAGGUCGACGUCCAGCUCUCCGGCCCCGACAUCCAGCCGAGGCACUGUUGCUUGCGUCGCCGUGGCAAUGGGAGCUCCACCUGGCUCCGUCCCUUUGGCUGCGCCGUUGCAACGAGGAACGGGGAGGCCGUGAGCGAAGAGGCGGAGCUGGGCAGCGGUGAUGUCAUCGGACUGGGGGGACACUAUUUGUUCCUGUUCAAAGACCCCACAGGCCUGGUUACUCCACCCCAGGACGUCAACUCCGCAACUCCUGAUCGCUCGCUCGCCACCGCCCCCUGGCUGUCGAGCUGUGCCUCUACACCCCCUCCAGCAGAGCUCCUCUGCUCCACCUGCUCCUCUUCAGCCCCCUCCCCCGGGCCCCAGGGGCCCCAACACCCCCAGACACCCAGACACGCCCAGACAACCCCCAGAAGGGCCCCUCCUUACCUGAAGGACCCCUGGGGCCAGUACCUGACCCUGCACUACAGCACGCAGCACGAGGAGCGUGUCGUCGCAGAGAUAGUCGCCAUGGCGGGUGCCGGCGAGGAGCGCCCUUCGCUGAGCGUGGCGUUCCUGCUGUGCUUGUGCCUGCAGUACUCAGCCGCCCGGCUCCACACGUCAGACCUCCGACGGCUGCUGUUGCUCACCGCCAGCCAGGUCCAGAACGCCAUGUGGGAACACACCAAGGAGCUGGCCGCUGGUCAGUCUGAAGGAAAGGGCUCAGACCCAGAGGAGCAGCCAGGUCUGUCCGUGGCAGAGCUGCUGUCAGCGCUGCGCCCCCUGGUGGUGUGGAUGUCCAACGCCCUGGAGCUGCUCAACUUCAUUCAGCACCAGCUGCCCCCCCUGCUGGCCUGGAGGAGCCGCAGGGAACAGCAGGAGGUGGGGAAGGAGGAGGAGGAGUUGGAGGAGAACAUAGCCCUGUUAGAAAUGCGUCUGUCCUGCGUGCGGUCGGCCAGUGAGGAAACCAUGACAGUUCUGGAGGAGGUUAUCAUGCUGACCUUCCAGCAGUGUGUCUACUACCUCACCAAGGCCCUGUACCCUAUCUUACCAGGCCUGCUGGAAUGUAACCCCUUCAAGGGGAGCGGCAAGCAGCCAAUGCCCAGGCAGAGCGAGCAGUUCCUGGGCAGCGGUGGUCUGCUGGUCCCUGGGGAGACGGAGCAGGUCCUGGAGGUUCUGAAGGAGACCAGACAGCUGCUCCAGGACUGUCAGCUCCACCAGGAGAUCUCCUCCCAGCUCCUCGCCUACCUCUUCUACUUCAUCAACGCUUCCCUGUUCAACAAGCUGAUGGAGAGAGGUUCUGAGUCAGGUUUCUACCAGUGGUCCAGAGGGGUGUCCGUCCGGGCCAACCUGGACCUACUGCUGGACUGGGCUCAUGCUUCUGGGCCAGGUCUGGGAGAGCUGGUGUUGGAGCACACACACACUCUGUCCUCCGCUGUCAACCUACUGGCCACGCCCAGGGAGAGUCUGGUGCAGGCCCCCUGGACCACCCUGCGAUCCGAGUUCCCCUCCCUGAGUCCGGCCCAGCUGCAUCACCUGCUGGCGGGCUACAGCCCGCCACCACCCUGCCCCCAUGCCUGGACCCCCGCCCUUCAAGACAGGCUGGAGGCUGACAACACUGCCGGGGUGCUGGAGAGCUUCGACAGCCACCCCCCUCUGCUGCUCCCUGGAAGGGGCUUCAUCCUGGAGCUGGGCCGGGUGGUGGGAGACCCCGCCCUUCGAGAGCAGCUCGACACACUCCGGGCGUUCGUCUGCUCCCUCUCCGGAUCUCACACACCUGGGGAAACCCCACUACAGGGUUCUGUCCCUGCCCCUUUGGAGGCAAAGUUGGUCAAGAUGGCCGCACUCCCCAAGGCCUGUCUGCAGCCUCUGGAGACUCCUCCGGCUGAGAAGCUCCUUUCCCAGGUAUCCCUCCAGGGGUCUCCCCCCCCAGGAAGCCCUGGCACUGGGCUUGACUCCUGCGGGGACAUCCUUACCCAGAAGCUACGGAGCCUGGAGCUCCAGAGCCGAGAGAUGCAGCCUGGGGGAGUGAGGAGGUCGGGCCUGGACCCCUCCUGCCUGCUCACCCCACCCAACACCCCCCACAGCCUGGAGCCGCUAGACCCAGAGACGGAGCACCCUUACGGGGGGAGAGGGCGAGAGGGGCAGCCCCCCUGGAGCAGCUUCACCAGCGGGGACCACCAGGAAGACGAUGUGUUUGAGGAAGACUUCCUGUCGGCAGACUGCACUGACAGCAGCCUCCUGGGGGAGGAGGUGGAGGAGGCGGAUCAAGAGGUCUUUACGCUGGAGCUGCAGCGAGGAGAGCGAGGUCUGGGCCUGGCUCUUGUGGACGCCAGGGACACUCCCCUGAGGAUGUCCGGUAUCUUUAUCCGCUCUGUGGUUCCUGACUCCCCCGCAGCCAGGAGCCGCAGGCUGGGUCCCGGUGACCGCAUCUUGGCCGUUAAUGGGGUCAGCCUGGUGGGCCUCGACUACCACCGGGGUAAAGAGCUGAUCCAGGGGUCAGGGGAGAGACCGAGGCUGCUGGUGGCCAGGUCCGACUGGACAGCUAAGGCCAUCCAGACCCCCUGCUGACCGGCCCUACUGCAGCUGCCAACCUCCAGGACAUUAUCCGGGGACAGACACUGUAAACCCACGAGCUAACCUUGAAUAUAAGACUGUCCAUAAGCAUCAAGAAGACAAGAAGAUAGUGUGUAAUCAAUGAGAAAACAACACAUGCUCAUUGGAUUUAUUAAUGUUGAUAUGUGAGGAGAUUAACGGAGGAUAACGGUCACUUGUUUUUACAUGAUGCUCACGG